CGUGUGGUAAUGUUGACCGUGAGAGGAGACCCAGUGACCGAGCAGAGUGCACCAUCAGGGAAGCGAACAUGGUCUCACUGUGGCUGAUAUGGGUUUGUCUCUUGCAGAGCUCUGCGAUGUUGUCUCAUGUUGAGAGAUAUGAGGUCGUAGCGCCUCGGAGACUCCAGGGCAGACAGAAGCGGAGCCUGCAGGAAACCCAGCUUUAUCCUGACACGGUUCAGUACCAGUUAGCCAUUGCAGGGAGGAACCACACAAUUAAUCUGGAAAAAAACAGGAAUCUUAUUGGGAGAGGCUACACUGAGACGCACUAUUUAGAAGAUGGGAAACGGGUUACAGCAUCACCAAAUGAGGAGCACUGCUACUAUCACGGUCACAUUGAGGGCAUGAAGGACUCUUCAGUCAGUGUUGGGAUUUGCUCAGGCAUUAGUGGCUAUGUGAGAGCCCGGCAGCAGGUUUACCUGAUAGAGCCUCUGGGACAGUCUGAGGAUGGUGGCCAUGCAGUGUACAGACCGGAGGACUUGAAGAGAAUCAACUCCUCAUCCAACAACACCGUGCUUUACGACCAGGACCAGGCCCAGGGCCCGCGGCUCUCUAGCCUCUUCAGAUCCAGAUUGUGGAAAACCAAACCCAUUGCAGGUCCACCGAAGUUUGUCGAGCUGUUUGUGGUGGUGGACAAUACUGAGUAUAAGCGAUAUGGAAGCGAGACAAGGUCCCGGGUCCUCAGAGCUAUAAAUCACGUUGACAAGCUGUAUCGACCUCUGAACAUUCGCGUCAUGCUGGUGGGCUUGGAGAUUUGGACGUACAGAGACCACAUUGAUGUUGACAGUAAAUCGGAGAUUGCCCUGGAUAAUUUCCUCCUGUGGCGGCAGGCCGAUCUUCUGAAGAGGACCAAGCACGACAAUGCCCAAUUUGUGACAGGCAAAGAUUUCGAGGGAGACACAGUUGGACUGGCUAAUAAGUUUGCCAUGUGUACCGGAAACUCAGGUGGAGUCAAUCAGGAUCACCAUGACAACCCAAUAGGCCUUGCCUCUACCAUUGCUCAUGAGAUGGGACAUAACUUUGGCUUGUCACAUGAUGCUGUAGGCUGUAUGUGUGGUCCAUCUUACAGCAGUGGGAACUGUGUGAUGUCAGAAAAACUCAGGACAGGAAAUCACGCCUUCCCAGAGUUUUUCAGCGGCUGCAGUGUGGAGCAGCUUGCCGAGUUCAUGGCGCGAGCUCGGCCCACCUGCUUGUCCAGACCCAGCUCCAAUACCAACAUCGCUGCAAGUCCGAGCUGUGGGGACAACCUACUGGACCCCGGAGAGGAGUGUGACUGCGGCUCUGUCGAGGAAUGCCAGAACCCUUGUUGUGAUGCCUCAACUUGUCGCCUGACUGAAGGAUCCCAGUGUGCUCAGGGAGAAUGCUGUAACAACUGCCAGAUCAAAUUGGCUGGAAGUGUAUGUAGAAAGUCAGCCAGUGACUGUGACUUGCCUGAAUACUGCACCGGAGCAUCGGAGGAGUGUCCUGAAGACAGCUUCGAGAUGAAUGGCAAGCCCUGCUACGACCAGGCACAGGGCUACUGCUACAACGGACAAUGCCCCACACAUCAGCAGCACUGCUGGAGGCUGUUUGGAUCAGGGACCAGAGUUGGAUCGGAUAGGUGUUUUCAACUGAACGGUAUGGGAAAAGAAGAUUUAAACUGUGGAAGGGACAAAGUCAGCUACAUCCCCUGCACUACACCGAAUCUGAAGUGUGGAUCUAUGUUUUGUGAAGGAGGGGGCGAGCCCAUCACAGGUAAAAGGGCAGACUACAAUUUAGAAUGUAAACUAGCGGUGGAUGACGAUGAGACCAGAAACAUCAACAUGGUGCCAAAAGGAACCAAAUGCGGACCAAACAAGGUUUGCCUUGACAACAGAUGUGUGGAUAUGUCAGUUUAUGGGAAAAAGGAGGACUGUUCAAAGAAAUGCAACAACAACGGGGUGUGUAACCACAAGAAAGAGUGCCACUGUAAUCCUGGCUGGGCUCCACCCUACUGUGACAUCCAGUAUGCAGAUAUACCUCAAGUUCAGAGUGGGAUAAUAGCCGGAGUGUGUGCAGCUCUCUCCAUCCUUCUGACCAUCACUGCAGUGACUGCCGGGCUGAUGUGUUGCAAAAAGGACAACACAGAGAACUACACCUACAAAAGGAAAGUGCAUUCAGCUCCAGACAAGCUGAACCCGAUGUUCCAGGAGCAGAGUGUUAAAGAGAGACCUCAGAUCAGUGUGCCCACUUUCAUGGCGUCUACAGCAACACAGGCCUACGCUCCUCUGGUUGUUUCGGUGACUCCCAGCAGGUCUGCUCCACAGCCACCAAAGAAACUGUCUCCAGUCUCUCCUACAUCCCAGACUGAGCCGGCAAAACCUCCACCUCCAUCUAUACCUGUACCUCCUCUGAGUAAACCUCAGUUUUUUGCAGCCAAACCAACUCCUCCUCCUGUACCUCCAGUCAAGCCUAGUCCUCCUACUGCUGCCAGAGUGAAACCUAACCCUCCGCCUCCGCCCCCAGCGAAGCCACAGACAUUCAGACUCACAUGAAAGUCUCAAACUUAACCAAAGCAGAGAGCCUCCAGCACAGUCGUACAUAUGGAAAAAGAGCGAUCCUUCUUGGGUCAUAUGUGAGUCACAGAUUCCAAAGACUUAGGAAAAGUUAAGUUUUUUGUCUUAAAGAUGCGUGAGCAACUGCGGCUUCACCGAAUGAGAAUGCUUUUGAUGACCAACAGCUCCACGCGGCUGUGGAAAAGUGAUUAUGGGUCAAAAAAAGUUGCUUUAAGUUGUUUGUCAAAAGGUUUUUCGGCUCAUGUCCUUUAAUAUGAAGUGUUCUCGCGAAAUGGUGCUCAUAUGAAAACUUACAUAAAUAUUUAUUGAAUGUCUGUGCACAGGACUGUAUGCAAUUAAGGUGUAUUUAAGAAGAAUUCAAAGACAUUUUCAGUAUUUCCAUAAUAUCUAAAUCGCAUCUCACAUGCAGAGCUGGGAGAAGUACUCAGAUAGUGUACUUGAGUAAAAGUAGAAGUACCAGAGUGUAGGAAUACAUUAAAACAGUAAAAGUCCUGCAUUCAAAAUGUUCCUCCAGUAAAAGUAAAAAAGUAUUCUCAUCAAAAUGUUCUUAAAGUAGCGACAGUAAAAGUAGUCAUUGUUUGAUUGGUCCAUUUCAGAAUAAUAUCUCUGAUGUGUUUUAUAAUGAUUGAUCAUUAAAGUGUUCUCAGAGCUGGUGAAGGUGCAGCUAGUUUGAAUGGCUUUGUAUACUGCAGGGUAGCUGCUGAAUUUACUCCAGGUGAACUAAAGUCUGAUUUAAGGGCUGAUUAUAUUUACCAUCAUUAAUCCAGAUCUGCUAAGUAACUAAAGGGAUUAAAUAAAUCUAGUGGAGUAAAAGUACACUAUUUACCUCUGAAUUGUAGUGGAGUAGAAUAACAUGGAAAUACUCAAUACUAAAAUAUCUCAAAAUGGUACUUAAGUAGAGUACUUUAGGAAAUGUACUUUGUUACUUCCCUUCUCUGCUUACAUGUGUAGCCUUACCCUGUCAGCCGUAUUAAAUUAGCAAUGUACAUUUCGCUAAUCAUAAUUUAUUGUCCAUUUUUCAAGGAAGUUACUUUAUCACAAGGACAUUGAACCUGUAUGAAAGCCCAUUUCUGCCACUAAAUUAAAAAAAAACAAGAUAAAAACAUAAGAUGAAAUAAAUAGCUCCUGUAAGUCAUUUUUAUACCACUGUAAAUUUGAUUUAUAGCCACAACCAUAGGUUGCAAACAGAGCUAUUUUAUUUAUUCUAGUUGUCGCAACUGGAAUUGCGGUACCAUUUAUUCAUUGUCAUUAUUAUGAGAUAUUAGGGGGGAAGUUUUGCUUAUUUAUAUACAGUGCCUAAACUGUAUUUAAAGCCAGUCUGUGCCUUCUACAAGGGUCAUUUUGUUUUAUCACUUUGCACUAUACUUCCAAACCUUCUGUAUGAAUAACACAGUAUUCAGAUGACCUGUGAGUGGAGGAAACAUUUCCAUGCUUCUGUGGUUAACUCAUGUCCCGGGGCUGUGUAUGUGACAGGGCCUCUGGGAAACACUGCAUUUAAAUUUGAAUGUAAAAUCUGAAUGAAUUCCUGUGUAAAGCUUUAUUUUUGCAACAAAUAAAGUGCACUUUAUAUAA